AUCACAACACUGAUUCAUCAUGAAGAUCAAGUUAGAAAGCCUUCUUCAGGAACUUGGCAGUCCUGGCAAGUACCAAGUCUGUAUAUUCCUGCUGCUAGCCUUGAAUUACUUCCCUGUAGUCUUCAACCAUAUCGUCAUGGCUUUCAUUGGGCGUCCACCUCAGUACGAGUGUUAUAAUUCUAGUUACGAGGAUCCUACGUACAUGGUCAAUCUCUCAUCAACAACUAAUUAUAGUAUUUGGCAAAAUGAGAAAACUGAAUAUGGUAAAUGUAGUACCAAAUACUUCACUAGUGAUAGCACCAAUGAAAGUGAAGUAUUCACCUGUGAUUCCUCUCCUAAUGGAAAGUGGAGAUAUGUUGGCAAAGAAUCAUCAAUUGCAUCAGAGUGGGACCUUGUUUGUAGUAAUGCCUACUUAUCACGACUGGCGACAACAAUUUAUUUCAUUGGAGUGAUGGUUGGUGGUUUAAUCUUUGGUUACCUGGCCGACAAGUUUGGACGGAAGAAAAUUAUGUUGGUUACUCUGUUCACACCAGUAGCCAUUGGCGUGCUGACCGCUUUAGUCAAGUCCUAUUAUUUGUUUGUUGGACUGAGGUUCCUACAGGGAAUUUUUAUUCAGGGUCUACAAACCACGACAUAUGUGAUGGUAAUGGAGCUUUUCCUCCCCCAGUAUAGAGGGACGGCUGGGGCUGUGUUGGAAUGUUUCUGGGGUGUGACUGUCAUCAUGAUGGCGGGUAUAGCUUACCUACUACAGGACUGGAGAAAUAUACAACUAGCUAUAUCUGUUCCUAGUGCUCUGGCACUUACUUAUAUCUGGUUGGUUCCAGAAACUUUGAGAUGGCUUAUGAUAAAAGAUAAGAUUGAUCAAGCUCAGAAAAUAGUAAAGAAAAUCACAAAGUUUAACAACCUGUCCUUCCCUGCUAGAACAAUGGAUGAGCUCCAAAUUCAGAUUGAGGCUAAAGAUAAUGAACCAGGUCGACAGUACAUGUUUUAUGAUCUUCUGCGAACACCAAUUCUACGAAAACACAGCUUGAUUUUGUUUUAUUUAUGGUUUUCUGUGUGUGUCGGAUAUUAUGGGAUGACAUUUAAGAUAGCAGGCCUGGCAGGGAACCAUUAUUUAACCUUUUUCAUCAGUGGAUGUGUUGAUCUGGUAGCCUUCAUCAUGGUUAUUUACCUUAUCCAAAGAUUUGGAAGAAGAAUUCCUCUAUUGCUGUUCUUUGUUAUUGGAUCUGUUUCGUGUAUAGUUGCUGGAUCUAUUCCUAUUGCACUAGCAGGAGCGUCAGGGAUGGCUGAGAAAGUAUUUGCUAUCAUUGGGAAGUUUGGAAUGGCUGGAGUUUUUAGUAUUAUAUUUGUUUACAGUUCUGAGCUUUACCCAACAGUUAUCAGGAGCAUAGGUAUGGGAACAUGUGCUUUCUGGGCUAGAUUGGGAGGAGUUGUGGCACCUCAAAUUCUUGUUUUGGGUGAUUUUACCCACAAAUCUGUGUCUGUGAUAAUAUUUGGAGUUAUUUCCCUUAUUGCCAGUCUACUGGUUCUAUUUUUGCCUGAAACUUCAAACAGGAAGUUACCAGAUACUAUUGAGGAUGCUGAAAAUAUUGAUGCUUUCAAGGGAGGUAAUGGGUCAGAAGAGGAACCAGUUGAGUUAUAAAAGAAGAAGAACCAGUUAAUUAUAAAGAGCUUGAGAAUACAGAUAUUUAGAUAUUUGAUCCAAGAUACAGAUUUUGUAAUUUAACUAAUUCUUUUUCUGAUAACUUUUAAAUCAUAUUUGAAGCAAACAUUCUUUAAAAAGUGAUUAUUAUAAUUGUGAUAUAUUGAAGUUUAUGUAAAUAUUGUUACUUAGCUAUGUUAUUUGUGUUUGUGAUUUUAUAUUUUUAUUUUUUAUUAUUACCUCAAAAAAAUAUAAAAUCCAUGAAUUUAUACUUCAGGGUCAAUCCAUAAAAUGGAUAGUAUAUUCUUUUAUAUUCCUACGGACAUACUUUUAAACAUGCAUAAUCAUGAUAAUUUUAAACAAAAUUGGUACCAAUUUUCAAAACAUAAUACAAAGGUCAGUGGUUCCUCCAUUUAAAAACUGAUCACCAGAGAUGAAAGUGGCAUUUAACACCAAUCAAUCAUUCAAUCAAUCAAAAUAUAAUGUAUACUAAUUUUUUGAUUUUUUUUUUAAAUGGUAAAUUUUCUUGGGUUAUUUUAAAUUCAGGAAAGAUCAGGAGGCGUCCAAAUUGGUUAUUUGUCAGUUGAUAACAGUUAUGUCAAAGUUAUCAGUUAAAUGCAAAGUUGAUAUUAGGAUUGUUGGAGUCUAUUAAAAGUCCUCAUUUGUUUAACUUCAGAACAGUCCUUAGACAUUGUUAGUCAGUGGAGGAUUAAGGAGGGGGAAAUGGGGGUUGGAACCCUUUUUUGUUUGGAUAAUCAUUGCAUUUGAUUGUUUGGUUGGAACCCCUCUCCUAGGUAGAGAAUCUCCCUUUUUAAAAACAGCUUAAUCCACCCUGUUAGUGUCUGGAUAGUUUUAUUUGUAUCAAUUAAACUUGUCAGAGGGAUAGUUAACAGAAAUCAGUCUGCAGAUCUCUCAUUAAGUCUUUUCUUAUAUAAACUGAAAACAGUAGGAGGUGAAAGUUUCCAUUGUUUUUAUAUUGAUUUACAAGAUGCAAUUGUAUUUAUUAUCAUGUUUUAUAAGGAUAUCAUUUUUUAAGAUUACAAAAUAUCUUUUUUGUUAUGUUGGAAUGUAUAAUAAUUGUUAAUGUAAAACAUAUUUUUGUAUCAAUGUAUAAAUUUGUUAUGAACGCUGUUCUGGGGAGAGCAAUGGUAUUCCUGUCACUCUUGUACAUGUUAAAAAGAAUGUACAAUUGACUAUUUUUAUAUUACCAACUUUUGACUCCUGAUUAUAUAAUUUAGUGAAAUGUUACAUUUUCUGUGGUAGGAUAUCCUGGUACUUGGUCAAGAAAGAGCAACCAACAUAAGUAAAAUCAAACUUAUAAUCGGUGUAAUUUGAGGGAAAGUCUACUGUUUCCUAAAGAUUUUGUUGUGUAAAGAAAAUGUAAUGCAGUUUAUUUUCCCCAAAAGUUGUACCAAUUGAAAGCUUUAUUUUACUUCUUUACCUUGCUCUUACUUGACUUGGUAUCAGGAUUUCAUACUAAAGAAAAGGUUACCUGUCUAAAAAUUAUA